AUGCACCCUCUGACCCUUUUCCUUGUUGCUGCUUUCUUGCCGACUGUUUGGCUGACGGACCUGAAGGCACUGGACGAAUUUGUGAACCGCCCUGACCCCCACUACAACUAUACCUUUCUGAGGACGAAGGAUGGUUUUUUUCUUGGAAUUUUAACCAAGGUUGAUAUAAUCAACAUGACUUCCCAGAAGUGGCUGGAUAAAUCUGAAGUAGACAAAUCAGUCUGGAGCCAUGAACUGAUGAUUGGUUUGUUCCAGUAUACGACACGUUUAAAAUUCCGUACAAAAUCUUGUCUCCUUAUGAUCGUACCUGGUCAAAAUGAUGCAUUGACUCCACGUGAUAAUUUAACCAGGAGAGCCCUUAUGUACACAUCUGUGGCAACAAAAUCGGUCGUGGCUGUGCUGAGGGGGACUCUUCCACAGCCUCUCACCUUCUCUAACCAUCCUUUAGGACACAAGAACAUCACCGGAUAUGAUAUUGUUGCAUAUACAUGGUGGAAUUUCCUACAUAACAUGACUGUCUCUCCGCACUGGCUUGUGCAGUUCCCAAUGGUCAAGGCCGUCGUGAGAGCCAUGGACACCAUUACAGACUACAUGAAGAAAAAGUAUCGUGUAGACGUCACAGAGUUUACAUUGGCGGGCGUGGGCCUGGGUGGGUGGAUCUCCUGGCUGACAGCAGCAGUUGACAAGAGGGUUAAAGCGAUUGCUCCUGUAGCCAUGGAUUUCCUGAAUUUCACAGAGUCUUUCAAACACCAUUACCGAGCAUAUUGUGGCUGGUCGUAUAUGCUGAGACCCUUCGUUGAGAUGAAUAUAACACAAGAGUUGGACAACCCCCGUUUCCAGGAGCUGGCUUCUCACGUGGACCCCCUGGAAUACAAUGAGCGAUAUGAGAACGUAACCAAGUACAUAAUCGUUUUGUCAGGGGAUGAGUUCUUCCCGCCGGACAACUCACGAUAUUAUUUUUCUCAACUGGAAGGCGUGAAACUCCUCCUAAUCAUGGCAAACAAGGAUUAUGGGAAUUUACACAAUAAAACCCCAACUCCUCAACUUAUUGAAACAAUUGCCUCCUUCUACUUAAGAAUGGUUAUAAAGAAUUACAGUCCUCCCAAAAUCUCCUGGAAGAUAGAAAUGGGCUCACCUGGCUGGUUGGGGAAGAGGGAGAUCUCCCCUUCCCCAUCCAGCCAGGCAGCCUCGCGGGAAAACGCAGGGUGCUCCCCAUCCCGCAGCCCUCGUGAAGCGAAGCUGCUGGCUGCUCUGCAUCGGAGUUCCUUCCUGGCUGCCUUCGAGAAAGGAGCGCUGGCUGGGGCUCUUUUGCACGGAGUUCACCUGGCAAGCUGGUUGGGGAAGAGGGAGAUCUCCCCAUCCAGCCAGGCAGCCUGCGGAAACGGUGCUCCCAUCCUGCAGCAGGAGCUCCUGCCUCUGCAAGGAGCAGGGCGGGCGGGAAGAGGGGUUCCCGGCGGCCUGGCCGCUGGCGAAGUUCCCGCAAGCAGGGCGGGCGGAGAGGCUCGCCAUGGCCUGAUUCGGCCGUCAGCUGGCGAAAGAUGCCCGCCUCUGCAAGGAGCAGGGCGGCGGAAGAGGCCUUCCGGCGUCAUAUUCGCCGCCGCCGGCGAAGGAAGCUCCCGCAAGGAGCAGGGCGGGCGGAAGAAGCUCCCGGCGCUCGAUAUUCGGCCGUACUGGCGAAGAUUCGCCUGCAAGGAGCAGGGUUGA